AUGGCCACUUUCCUUACAGCUGUUGUCUCAAUCAAACCCUCAGUCUUCUCGUUCCAGUCUGAAUCCUUCACCUCUUUGCAGACGCAGACCAAUGUAUUCCUCCCCAAAUCAUUUCCUUCUCUCGCCGGAACCAUUUCCGUCUCCCUUCCACGGAGCUCUAGGAUGAGAUUCAUUCCUCAUGCGGUGGCGGAGACGGAAGAAAAAGCAGUUUUGGACCCUAAUUUGGAAUCCUCCAGGCGUGUCUACAUCGGCAACAUACCCAGAACGGUGGAUAAUGAGCAGCUCACCAAACUCGUUGAAGAACACGGUGCCGUUGAACAAGUCCAGGUGAUGUAUGACAAAUACUCCGGACGAAGCCGUCGAUUUGGGUUUGCUACAAUGAAAUCAGUUGAAGAUGCUAAUGCUGUGGUUGAGAAAUUGAAUGGAAAUACAAUUGAAGGGCGUGAGAUAAAGGUUAACAUAACAGAGAAACCAAUAUCAUCAUCUCCUGACUUAUCACUGCUUCAGUCCGAAGAUUCAGCAUUUGUAGACAGUCCUUUCAAAGUCUAUGUAGGAAACCUAGCAAAGACUGUCACAAGAGAGAUGCUUGAGACUUUGUUCUCAGAGAAAGGGAAAGUAGUAAGUGCCAAAGUUUCAAGAGUACCUGGAACUUCGAAAUCCACAGGGUUUGGAUUCGUUACGUUUUCUUCAGAAGAAGAUGUUGAAGCUGCCAUUUUGGGUCUCAACAAUUCUCUGUUGGAAGGACAGAAGAUUCGGGUGAACAAGGCCUAG